CUCGCUUGCUUUCAGUUCUUUCUGCUCAUUCCCUUAAUCUUUCUUGGUUCGAGAAAGAUUCAACCCAUUAUAAGAGAAAAGAAAAUGGCACAAACAAUACUAGAGUCUAGCUACUCGCUGCUACUUUUUAUUUUCUUCAUCAUGACGAUGGUGUAUAACGGCAAGAGUGUGGGAGUGAACUGGGGAACUCAGGCGACAAACCAGCUCCCGCCGGAGAAGGUGGUUAAAAUGCUGACGGAUAAUGGGUUUGAUAAGUUGAAGCUCUUUGAAGCGGAUGAGACGAUUUUGAAUGCUCUGGAAGGGACUGAUAUUGAGGUGAUGCUGGGAAUACCCAAUAAGAUGUUGAAUAAGAUGAGUGAGGAUCCUGAUGCUGCAGCUUCCUGGGUUGAUUCCAAUGUCACUCGUUAUUCCAACAAGGGUGGAGUCAAUAUCAAGUUUGUUGCUGUAGGGAAUGAACCCUUCCUUCAAGCUUACAACGGCAGCUAUCUACACUCCACAUUACCAGCCCUCAAAAAUAUCCAGGAAGCACUCAACAAUGCCGGGCUGGGUUCCAAGGUUAAAGCCACAGUCCCCUUCAAUUCAGACGUUUACUACUCCCCGGACUCAAACCCGGUGCCCUCCGCCGGCGACUUCCGGUCCGAACUCCGAGACAUCACAAUCGAAAUAAUCCAAUUCCUAUACACAAACGAUGCGCCUUUCACUGUCAACAGCUAUCCCUUCCUCAGUCUCUAUUAUGGCAACGGCUUUUUCCCCGUGGACUUUGCUUUCUUUGACGGAUCCAACAAGCCUGUUAGAGAUGGCGAUAUGCUUUACACCAAUGUGUUUGAUGCAAAUCUCGACACUCUCGUUUCGGCUUUAUCAAAAGCCGGUUACCCGGAUACGCAUAUCAUCGUCGGAGAAGUUGGCUGGCCGACUGACGGCGACAAAAACGCAAACAUCCAAAAUGCAAAGAGAUUCAACCAGGGAUUGCUCCAACAUGCUUUGAGCGGAAAUGGAACCCCGCUUAGAAAAGGUACUAUCGACAUAUACAUGUUUAGUCUCAUCGACGAGAAUGCUAAAAGCGUUGCUCCGGGGAGCUUUGAAAGGCACUGGGGAAUCUUCGAGUACGAUGGAAAACCCAAAUACGAGCUUGAUUUGUCGGGUUUGCAAGAGAAUAAGGGUCUAAUUCCGGUGGAAGGAGUAGAAUAUUUGCUGAAAAGAUGGUGUGUUCUGAACCCAGAUGCAAGUAAUCUAGAGGAUCUGCCGAAAAAUAUUGACUACGCCUGUAGCCUAUCAGAUUGCACUCCUUUGGGCUACGGAUCUUCCUGCAAUCAUCUAAGCGUCGAAGGGAAUGCAUCAUAUGCUUUCAACAUGUAUUAUCAAGUCCAUGACCAGGAGAAUGGGGGGUGUGAUUUUUCUGGGUUGGCAAUGGUGACCGAUAAGGAUCCGUCCGACGAGAAGUGCGAGUUUCCGGUGAUGGUUGCAUAUGGGUCAUCGUUGCUGCUGCAUGGGGAUACUCCAGAUGUAUUGGUUAAAAUCAUUGGGGGGUAUAUGUUUAUUGUGUUCCUGCUGUAUCUGAGCAUAGGGGAAUAUCAGAUACAUUAGGGAUAUAUCAAGCUUAUAAUUGAUAAUUGCUAGCUAGAGAUUAUCAGAUAUUAUGGUAUUCAUAAUUGAUCAUGCAAAGGCAUUAAUUGUUUUGUG